GUUCAACGGCAGAAAUUAACUGAAAAAGAAGCUCAAAAGAAAUAUCGCCGAGCAAAAGGGUUUGGACAAUCUUUGUGGGCACUUAGUUUAGAGGGUCUGGAUAAUUUCCUUGAGAAAAACAAAAAUAAUCUGGACUCACUACAAAUUGAAGGCUUUCAAAACUUAUUAAGUGGUCUUGAUGAAUUUUUGGAGGAGGAAUCGAUCGUGUCUCUUCACGAAAAUCAUCAUAUGGAAAUAUUUUCUUCUGCUACCUUGGAAAGUACCGAUAUAAUUCGUGCCACUUCAAGUUUUCAUGGAAAGCCAGUAUUUUCCAACGUUAUUAUAAGUGGUUGUGAUGGAGAAAGCGAAAUUACUUGGUAUGGCCUG